CAGAGGACUGGGACUCUGCGAGAAGAGUCAUGGACCCCAAGGACCGAUUACCCUGGCGGUCCCACCCCUCUGUUUAGAGCCAGCCCGUCUGGAAGAACUCAGAGUCGGCCUCGAGAGUAAAGCCCUUCGAGUUUUAAAAGAGGACAAACCCAUCUUAAAUGUCAGUCCACCAUCCACGGGGGCGAGCGACAGCAGGCGAUAAACCUGGAAAUGAGCCUGAAGAGGUGAAGCUGCAGAAUGCCAGCAGACAGAUUGUGCACAAUGCCAUCUUGCAAGCUGUGCGGCAAGUCUCCCAGGAGAGCCAACAGAGAGAAGAAAGAACCCGCGACGGCCGGGGCAGCCUCCAGCUGGGCGUGGGGGAGUUAACCAAGAAGCAUGAGAAGAAGUAACACUGCGGACUUGGCUCUUGUCACAUGCUUGGUUUCCAGUCCUCCUCUUAGCAUAGGAUGUGCCACCAAAAUGUUACCAAUAAAGCAAACCAAAGUGUCAUUGACACCUAGCAGUAGAACGAUUUGCACUAGGCCUGGGCUGAGAAGAGCUGUUUUGAAAAAGUGCAUUAGACAAUUCUGUUUAUAUUUAUGCAGUGCCUCUGAAACAUGAGUGGGGCCAUGACACUAAUUGCAAAAGUAGUUUUGCAGCACAGUUUAUUUUGAAAGUUCUUUAAGAAAACAAAAACAAAACAAAGAAUUCUAGGUCUUGUUUAUUUACUUCCGCCUUUUAUGCAUUCUUCCUGUGAAUUUAAUCAGCAGCCUUUUUGGUUUUGGUUUUUUGUUUUGUUGUUGCUGAAAUACUGAGUACAGUACUGUGUUCUUUAUACGGUUUUGAAAAGACUUACUAGAAAGGUGUGGGAAUGGUUUUAGUCACUUUCAAAUAGGAAACAGAAGGCUUUUACGAUGUAGAUUCAGGCCAAGAUCAAAUUCAGCAAAGGAACAUUACAUCUGAAGACCGAGUCCCUGGGUCUUUGCAAGACAUAUUACUUCUGAAAAAGGAGGAGCUUAGGCUUUUCAAGGACUUAGUCUUUUAGCCUUGAUUCUUUACAUAUUUUGGUAGUUGUUGUUUAUGCUCUAUGUAGAAAUCCUUUGGGGAUAGUAUGGAUUUGUAUUUCCAUCUCAAAGGUACAGUAAGACAAGGGAGUCUAUAAGCAUGCAUUGACAGUGACUCAGUGUUUUAGCAGCCCCAUGAAGAACAACUAGAAUUGUAGAUGCAGUAAACAGCUGUCCCUCCCGCGGAUAUGUACACUUAGCUCUGAUUUUAGGGUGCAGCAUCCUUGGAAGGAACUUUGGGACCUUAGACAUGUGUCAUCAUUGGACUGCGGAUUUACACUAGUACCUUUACCUUACUUAUAGGAACUUUCCUCAUUCACAAGUUAGAUUUUUUUUAAAAAAAGAUGAUUAAAAUCAUAGGAC